UCCCACGUUUGGCGGGAUGCCCUUUUUCUUAAACUCCCCAACCCCCAAAUUAGUCUCUCUCUCUCUCUGCUCCCGUCUUCGAUCUUUAAUUAUCUCUUUCAUGGCGAGAUUUCGACCGCGAGCUCUCGAUCGAUUGUGAGUAGUUCGGUUGUCGUUGGUAACGAUUGUCGCGGGGCAUUCUUGAUGAUGAUUGGUGUGGCUUCGCUUGAACGGCAAGCAGCAGAUCCAGGAGUAGGAUGUUUAUGACAUCUGUGGUUGUUUCGGGAAGAUACAACCGGGCUUUGGUUAGGAUUGUAGGUUAAAAUGCUUACAUUAUUUGCUCCAGUUCCGCUGAUUCUCAGGAAAGGGCAUUAAUUGGAAAAAAGUGCAAUUUUUUGCUGAUAAUUAGCUGAUCGUGCACGAUGUCGCGGAUUCCCAAGUUGAAGAUUGAAAAGACUAAAGUGAAAGUGGUUUUUCGUCUACAGUUCCACGCUACACACAUUCCGCAACCAGGAUGGGACAAACUAUUUGUGUCAUUCUCCCCUACUGAUUCGGGGAAAGCGAUUGCAAAGACAACCAAAGCUAGUGUGAGGAAUGGGAGCUGUAAAUGGUCAGAUCCAAUUUAUGAAACUACAAGACUUCUCCAGGAUCCAAAGACAAAAGAUUUUGAUGAGAAGCUCUAUAAGCUUGUGGUGGCAAUGGGCUCUUCUCGGUCUAGUCUGCUUGGAGAGGUUAUCAUCAAUCUUGCUGACUUUGUAGAUGCUUUGAAGCCUUCCUCCGCUGCAUUACCCCUUCAUGGCUGUGACUUUGGCACAAUAUUACAUGUGACUGUGCAACUUUUAACCUCAAAAACAGGGUUCAGAGAAUUUGAGCAACAAAGGGAGCUUAGUGUAAAGGGCUUUCAAGCAUCUUCUGGCAAGAGAAUUCAUGACAAUGAGGCUAUACCUGCUCCUGCUGGAACCAGCGAACACAUAGAUAAGGUUAAUGCAAGGGGCAGGUUCAAGGGCGAUUGUACAGGGCUUCCUCCUCUUGAGGAGGUGGGUGAGUUGGAUGAAGAGUACGAAGAUUCAGCUGCUGGAGUUGAUGGUUCAUCAUACACCUCAGAAAGUUUAUAUGUUGAAAAGAAUGAUUUUUCUGGCUUGGCUGAACUUGAUGGUCUCAAGAGCAGGGCUUCUGGCGAUGCAGUUGAAUUUACACCAGUUCAUAGCUCAAGCACAGGGAAAGGAGAGAACAAUUACAAGCAGCUUUCAAGCCAGCUAGGCAACCAUUGGAGUCAUGGUUGGAGUUCAGACUACUCGAUUGAUAAUGAUUUACCUUCUACUUUUGAAGACAGUGCUACACUGAAUGCAAGAGUACAAGUGGCCGAGUCAGCAAUUUUGCAGCUUAAAUCUGAAGCGAAGUCAUUGCAAAAUAUAUCUGAUGAAUUAUCUUCCGAAACACAACAUUUAGCUCAACAACUUGCCAUGGAGCUUUCCUCAGGGGAAAAGCUUGCUGGAGAAUUCAACAUACUCAAAUCUGAGUAUUGGAAGUUCAAAAAUGACCUUGAUGUGCUGAAGGCUACUUCAGCUUCUCAACAUAGUUCUAGAAGGAAAACCCCUUCAGCUGUGCAGGUGAAAUGCUUCCCAGAGGAGGCCUCAUUUGAGAGUACACUUGAUGCAGGGCACAACAACCAACCUAGUGAUUUCCAGUCAAAGUUGCUUCAGGGUAUUUUUCUUAUUGAAUGUAAAGCUCAGCAGAUUCAAAAUAAGGCAUGCUUAGCGUAUGAUGGCAAUGUAUUCGAUUAUAUCUAUUCAGAAUUUAGUGUUCUGGGCAGCUUGAUUCAGAAUCUUAAACAAAGUAUUACCCAGGAAUUGUCUGUAGAACAUGUGAGUGGAAGACAGACAAGAAAAAAUCAAUAUUCAUCGGUUUCACCAUCUCAGCAACAUGUCCACGGACAGGAUGAUGUAACUUGUUUUGCUGAUAUUCUUUAUUCAGAAGGCAUUAAGGAGAAGAAAAUGGUUGAACUUUCAGAACAAUUGGAUAUAUCAAACACUGAGAAUAGAAGUCUUGCUGGUAGGAUGACUCAAAUGGAGUGUUACUAUGAAGCACUUAUUCAUGAACUUGAGGAAAGACAGAAACAAACAUCAGAUCAGCUGGAAAACCUUAAGGCCGAACAUGCAUCUUGCUUUUAUACGAUUUCUGAUCUUCAAAAUCAAAAUGAAAAAUUACUUGAAGAAUUGAAUGGUCAGUUAAUAAGAUUUGCUGAAGAUCGGCGUAACUUAGAAUCUUUCAUAAAAGAACUUGAGAAGAGGGCUAUUUCCUCUGAGACAAUGCUGAAAAGGGUCCGGUGGAACUAUGCCAUAGCAGUUGACCGAUUGCAGAAAGACCUUGAACUGCUUUCCUUCCAAGUUCUGUCAAUGUAUGAGGCAAAUCAGAGCCUUGCAAAGCAAGCACUUGCUGAUGCUACCGAACAACAUCGUGAUAACUAUUCAGAGGAGAUGCAACUUUGGCAUAGAGGUGAAUGGUUGGCUGCUUCUAACCAAAAACAACAGAAACUAGCUCUUGCUGAAAUUCAGCAUGACAUUUCUUUGGCAAAUGGUGAUCAGGAGUUAUCUGCAAUAAUUAAUGGUGUAUCCGAAAAUUCCAAUCACAGAAUGCUCAACAAUUUUUCUUCCAAAGAGGAAAAUAAAGGCGCAUCUCAAACUGGUUUAUCCAUGGAAUUCCAUGUCAAUGAAGAGCCAAAUGCUUCGGCUAAUGCAUUAAAGUUGCAUGACAUACCCUCAGCUGCUUCCAUACAUGAUUUCAUGCAGGAUAGAAAGGAUCCCUCACUUUCCCAUAAUUCAUUGAUGGAAAAACUUAGGAGCGGUUGUCUUUACAAUUUGAAUGUCGAAAAGCCCAUUGAUUAUUCUCAAAUAUCUGACAAUGCUGAAUAUAUGAAGGAUGUUUAUCACUAUCCUCCACCAGAAAAACAACGAUUUGAUUAUAGGGCUGGUUCGAAAGAGAUAGAAAUGUCACUUGACAUGUUGAAACAGCUCCACGCAACUUCUGGAGGUGAACUUUCAGAAGUUGUCAUGCUUUACAUGCAUUGGGAAGUUUAUGCACAGGUUUUACAAGAAACAUUCCGUGAGGUAUUUCCUGGGAUUGGUCACAUGAAUGUCAAGUUAGUUGAACUUCAAGAGAAAAUAAAACACUGUACAAAUGACAAUGAAUUUCUGAUCCUUGAGAUGCAAGCUGCCUUGGAUGAGUCUAGGAUAUUAAGAGAGGCUGAAGAAAAAUGCAUCAGUAGAUAUAAUGAGUUAGUAUCCAAAAAUCAUAUUAUGGAAGUAAAACUUAAUGAUGUUUUAUAUGAGAAUAGUUUUCUUGUGCAGAAAGUGGCAGAUUGCCAGAGUUUGAUAGCAGAUUUUGGAGUUUCUGAAAGCAAGUAUAAGGCAUGUGCUGCUGAAAAUAUUGAGCUUAAAAAUAUGCUGAAAGAAGAAAACACACAAAGAGACUAUCUUCAAAGUAAAGUUAGCUCCUUAACCGAAGAAUUUAAGUCACUGAAGGAGCAAUAUGAGAUAAAGUGCUCUCUGAACUCUGAUCUCCAAAGAGGUGCCACAAAUAUUCAAGACAAGUUGCGAGAUCUUUGUAAUUGUGUUAUUUUUUGUAGUCAGCAAAUUUGUGAUUCUAUCUUUGAUGAUGUAUUUGUAAAGGAGGAAUUAGAUAGUGAAAACUAUGAUGCCAUAAUUUCUCACUUACAGCAGUUCCAACAUAAAGUAUCUUGUAGGCUAUUUAGUAUCCAGCAAGAGAAAAAAGUGGCAGAGGAGCAAAGGGAGAUUGAUCAACGUACAUUAAAUGAGAGAGAAUCACAUAUCUCAUACAUGAAACAGAAGUUUGACUCUGAGUUGGAAGAGGUAAGGACAAAGCUUGAGCAUUCAAGAACCAAAGUUCAAGAUUUAGAGAUAGAGCUUCAAGAGGCAGUAAAGAAACUUAAGCUUAGCAAGGAAGCUGAAGAAGGGCACAUAUUGGAAAAUAGAAAAUUGUUGUCAAAUAUGUCUAUUCUGGAAGUUGAACUGCAGCUAGCUACUGAUGAAUGCAGAGAUUUCAGUAAAAAAUUGCUUGCUACAGAGGGCGUUGUUAAUGAGGAGCUUGCAAAUACUAAGUUGAGACUUACAGAUUUAAUGCAGGAAAACAGGGACUUGUUGUUUUCCAUCCAGUCUUGCAAUGAGGCAUCCGUGAAAUUGGAAUAUGAGAUCUCUAGCUUGAAAGAUAGUUUGCAUUAUGCCGAGGAUAAACUGCAGUCUGAAAGAAAAAUAAGAGAUGAUCUUGAGGUUUCAGUUGCAGAUCUUAAGUUACAAGUGGUGGAGACAAGUCAGCAACUCCUGUCCUUCAAUGAGCAGAAUGAUGAAUUGUGCUAUCUUAGGACGAGGGUUCUGGAUCUGGAAAGAGAUGUGCAGCAUGUGGAGCUUUGUAAAGAAAGAGAGAGAGAAAGGGAUGCUGAAACUUCAUUCAUUAAAUUUGAAGUUGCUAAUAUGGAAAAUCAUUUGAUCACAGCUUUUGGGCAUUCAAUAUCUGCUGAUGUUGAAUUAACUUUCAUCAGAAACCAACUCUAUUCUAAAAUUGAAGAGUUUGUUGUUCAUCAGAAGACAUCAAAAAGCAUAAUUGAGCAGCUCCAUUUAAAGUAUUUAGAUGUCAUUGCUUCACUAGAAAAAUACGUUGCCAGUGAAGCGGAAUUGAUGGCUGAAAGAGAAAGGUUGUCAACUGAUCUCCUAUCAGCAAAAUCCACACUUGAAGUCCUUCAUGGUGAAAAAGAAAGACUACUAGCCUACGUCGAUGCAAACACGAUAAAUCGGGCUGAAUUUGAAGAUCUCAAGAUGAAAGCUGCAAUUUCUGAAGCUAAUUAUGCCAAGGAGAAACGAAAAUAUGAGGAUGAAAUCUGUUCGUUAAAAAGCAUGUUGCUGAGGUUGGAGGAGUUAGAUGAACUUGAGUUAUCAAAAGUUGAGUUAGAUUUAAUAGUGGUUUUUCUUAGGUCAAAAUUAAGUGAACAAAAAACACAUGCAGCUUUAUUUGAGGAAUGCGACUAUGAACUGAGAAAAUUAAGAGAGCAACACAGUGAGCUCAAUCGGAAGCUCUCAGAGCAGAUUUUGAAGACAGAGGAGUUCAAGAAUCUUUCUAUCCAUCUUAGAGAGCUUAAAGACAAAGCCGAUGCUGAGUCUCAUCAUGCUCGUGAAAGAAGAGAGUCCGAGGGGUCUUCCCUUGUCGGCCAGGAGUCACUUAGAAUAGCAUUUAUUAAGGAACAAUAUGAGUCCAAGAUACACGAGUUGAAAAAUCAGUGCUUUGUAUCCAGAAAAUAUGCUGAGGAAAUGCUGAUGAAGUUGCAAAAUUCUCUUGAUGAUAACGAGAAAAGAAAGAAAAGUGAGGCUUCUCUUGCCAAAAGAAAUGAAGAAAUUUCAGUUCUAUUAUCUGACCUUGAGGCUGAACUACAAACUGUUGUGGCUGAUCGGAGAGAAUUGAUUAAAGCUUAUGACAGAAUGAAGGCUGAGUUGGAAUGCACUAUUUUAAGCCUCGAGUGCUGCAAGGAAGAAAAGCUAAGACUUCAAAAUUCGUUGAAGGAGACCUGUGAUGAAAGAGAAAAAAUUAGAGUAGAACUGGACUUGGUGAAACGCUUGCUUGAGAAUAUGGCAUCUACCACGGGGACCAGACCUGAAAGAAAUUAUGAAGCACAUAAGCCAGAUGCCACAUUAAUUGGGGAACUUCUAGAUGAUUGUCGUCUUGGCAUUUCAGUUAUGUAUGAUGAUCCAUCGAGUGCAUGUGGCAUCUGCUCUGAAGAUCAAGCGGCCAAGAAAAAUCUUCUAAAGGAACCAGUGGCAGAGCGGUCGACACUGUUGGAAAAUAAUGCAACACAGAUUGCCCAUUUUAAAGAACACUUCAGAGAACAACAGAAACUAAUGACUGGCAUGGAGCUUCUUCAUAAACAGUUGCAAAGUUUGAGAAAUGAGAACCUGUCAUCUGAUCUUGGAUUUGAAGAGGAUCACUCUGAUGCUGAUCUUCAAGAUCUACAUAGAGAAUUAGCACAACUAGAAAUGGCAAAUGAACAAUUGGGAAGUAUUUUCCCUUCAUAUAAAAAACUCACUAGUUAUGGAAAUGCAUUAGAAAGGGUACUGGCUCUGGAGCUUGAGCUUGCGGAAGCAUUACAAGUUAAGAAAUCAGGAAGUCAUAUCCAGAGCUCAUUCCUAAAGCAACACAAUGAUGAUGAGGCAAUAUUCCAGAGCUUCAAAGACAUCAAUGAAUUGAUAAAAGAUAUGAUUGAGCUGAAGAAAAGAAAUGCUGCUAUAGAAACCCAAUUACAAGAGAUGCAUGGUAGAUACUCUCAGCUAAGCCUGCAAUUUGCAGAGGUGGAAGGAGAGAGACAGAAACUUGUCAUGUCAUUGAAAAAUAGAACACCAAAGAAAUCACAGUCUUAAGUACUUUUUGUUGCAGAAUGAUUUUCUCGUCAGGUGGUCGCCAUUUCAGCUGAAAAAUGUAUUCCAGAUAUUUGGGAAUUUAUAGAUACGGAUGCAGAAGCUGCUAUUUAGCAUCUUGGUCGAUAUGCUAUUCUGCAAUGUUCAAUGAUGGAUUUGCUGGCAGGAGGAUGACCGUUCGAUUGAAUUAAUUUGUAAUUUGUUUGGUGUAUUAUACCGCAAUGUAUAAUGUAUAGCGAGAAAAAUAUAUUUUUCUGUGCGGUGUAGUUUAUUUUGGAUCGAACACAAACUAAAAUAGUAAGUUGUAUUUCUUGAACGCUGUUCAUGAUGUCAUUGAUAUUAAACAUUUUUAAUGAAUGCCAUUUGUAGUGCCACAAAGAAAUAUUUUGAGAUAAAA